AAGUUUUGGUCUGGGGAAGGGAGGCCGCUGACACCCAGGGGUUCGGCGACAGGACGCACACCCUCUCUCGGUUCGUACCCUCCUCUCCUCGUGCCCACCGCACGCCGCCCCACCGGCCGCACCAGGACGGUGAGCACCGCUUUAGGACCCCUCCCCGACCUACAGACACCGCGGCCGAGGGCGCGGCGCUACCGCGAGACUUCCGGAAACGGCUGCGUGGCGCCGGCGGACGCAGUUACCUUGGCAACCGGGAGGCGCCCCGGCGCGCGGGAAGGAGGCCGGAGGCGUGACCCCUGGUCGGACCUCCACCACGGCGUCCGCCCUGGGUCCCCGGGGCCAUGGGUCGGAUCACCGGGCUCGUGCCCUCUCGGUUCCUGACGCUCUUGGCUCAUCUGGUGGUGGUCAUGACUUUAUUCUGGUCCCGGGAAAGCAACGUCCAGGCUUGCCUGCCCCUCAAGUUCAGCCCCGAGGAGUAUGAGAAGCAGGACGUCCAGCUGGUGACAGCGCUCUGUCUCACCCUGGGCCUCUUCGCGGUGGAGCUGGCUGGCUUCCUCUCCGGAGUUUCCAUGUUCAACAGCACCCAGAGCCUCCUCUCCAUUGCAGCCCACUGUAGCGCGUCUGUGGCCCUGUCUUUCUUCAUAUUCGAGCGAUGGGAAUGUACCACAUACUGGUACAUUUUUGCCUUCUGCAGCGCCUUCCCAGCUCUCACUGAAACAGCAUUGUUCAUCGCUGUCUUUGGGCUGAAAAAGAAACCUUUCUGAGCACGACCCGGACGUAGGAACCAAGGCUGGAAAAAUGCUGAGCUCCCUCGGGUUGGUGGGAGAAGAAAGGCACAGGCUUCAGUUUUCUCUGUACCUUCCCCCUCCCAACUGCUUCUAAGCAGAGAAUGGCAGUGUUGGGAUAAGAUCUCUCAAAUCUUGGGUUAUAAUUUUAUUUUUAGAGCCUUGUAAUAAAAUACAUUUUAUAAUACUAGUCUGAUGCUAUUUUUUUGAAGACAAAUG